UGACCUUUGACCUCUUAAUGUUUUAGAUGCUGAUCCGGACAAGAGGACGUUGAAAAAAACGCUUUCAGAAAUGAUCCCUGAUUCUUUUUGAGAGGUACGGACUAAUCAGAAGUCAGGAUGAUGCCCAAGCAGCCGGCCCAGACGUCUCCAGGGAGUGUGUUGUCACUGAAAGGGUCAAAUAUCCCAGGUCACCCUGCGGCCAUCGUGGCCAGAGUGGAGAAUGAGGUUAUCGGAUACAAAGACUUGGCAGCCCUGCCCAAAGACAAAGCCAUCCUGGACAUAGAGAGACCGGGCCUGAUGACCCACCAACCGCACUACUGCUACAGUCCACUAGAGAGGUCCUUGUCUCCUCGUUCCAUCUCCCCUCCUGCCUCCCCAGAGAACUUGUCCAAGGAGUGGCUGGAAGCCCAUUCCCCUGGUUGUUCCUCACCUGGUUCCUGCGCCCAGACCAGCAGAACCCACAGUGCGCACACGCCGUCGACGUCGCAAACUCCAAACACCAUCCCGUCGAUCACGCACUCCGCCGGUACCAAGAGCGCCAUGCAGCACUUCCACAGACCAGAAAAUGCAUCCAACAUUUAUAAGAAGCCUCCGAUUUACAGAAAAGCCUUCUUCUUGUCCCCAGACAAACUCCAAUGUAUGGUAUCUCUCAGAACUCUCCAGAAACAGGAACUCAACAAGAUUCAGUCCAAUCUGGGGAAAAUCAUCCUGAAGGAGGAGUUGGACAAAUCCGCGGCUCCUCUGAGGAGGAAAACGCGCUCGCUGCCCGACCGCAGCCAGAACACCGGGUCCCGGGCCUCCAGGUCUGUGUGUUUCCCCGUCUCCCUCAGGCCGUCAGACUUCAGUCUCCAGGGGAAACUCAUCGACAGAGGAAACUCUCUGCCCAGUAUGUUGGACCACAAGAUUUAUCCCUACGAGACGCUUGUGGUGACCCACACAGGGCGCAGUCAUCUGCCCCCUGGUGUUGACAGAACCCAACUGGAGAGAUACCUGUCUCAGGAGGAGUUCUUCAGCCUUUUCGGGAUGUCCAUGGAGGAGUUCGACGGCCUCUCCCUCUGGAAGAGGAAUGACCUGAAGAGGAAGGUCUGUCUCUUCUGAAUCCACGGACUCCCCCGCCACGCCCCCCAAUGGUCCCUGACAGAAAGUUGAAACCACAGACUCUGAACAGUAUUACGAAAAUCACAGACAUCACCUUCAUCCUCAUCGUCACCGUCAGUGCGUGCAUCAGGCCGCGGCAAAUACGACGGUUUUGCCGACAUCCGUUCUCCGGGGGUUUGAGCUUCACUUUCUGACAUCGGAGGUUUUUUAUUCAGGGAAAAUCAGGAACCAGUUCGGAACCCUCCGAAGUCACCGACGAUGAACCGCAAAAAUAUCAUUUUCUACAGACGUCGCUCUGCCACAGACAGCGUUCGGACUGUUCCGACAACAGCUGUCAAUCGCAAACGGAUCACGUGAUGUUCAGGCGUCAGUUAUCGUAACGUCACGCGACGUGAGUUAAAGCUGCUGUCAGUCACAGAUGGUCUGCAGUGAUUGAUUUCUCUCCCGCUAGCAGCUAGCUAAGGCCUAGCCGCUCAGGAUUAGCCGCACUGCCAGAAUUCUAGUUUUUGUUUCUUUUUUGUUUGUUUCCUGACAGCAGCUUUAACGAGUGGUUCUCAAAAUAUUUACAUUUCCGAUCAUCUCGGGAAGUACAUGUAUACAUGUACAUAUAUAUGUAUAUACGUGUAUACAUAUAUGUAUACAUAUAUACAUAUAUAACAGCCCUAUUUUAAAACUAAGUGAAUCACCUAAUCUUAAUUGGAAUCAAAUGUCCUUAAGUUACCACUAGUGGGAGCCCACGUACCACCAGUGUUACAUGGACCAUAGAUUGAGAACCGCUGAAAAAAAAUUCAAACAAACUUGACAGAAAGAUAUCACAUGACAUCAUAAAUGGAGCAUGAGGUCACGUGAUUGUGCUCGGUCCAAUCAGUAGUCUGGAAACAUUUAGCAUCCAUUAGCGGUUUAUUAGCGACCAAAUAAUAAUAGCUAUUUUUUACACGCAGUUGUCGCUAAACCUCCGACAACAACCAAAACACGACACGAAGAAUGAUAGGAAAUCAGCGAUUUAAAAAACGAAUGGGAUGAAUGUCUUUGUCGUUACCCCACGUGCACACACUCAGGUGCACUCUUUUAUCUGUCAUCGCUGUUGUGUUUGUUUUCCGUUGGUAAACGAUUGUUCACCAACAUCGAGCUAGCGGCGGGGAACGGCGUGAAGGCGUGAGCUCAUGUGACGGAGAACCUGUACCAGUGGAACGCCUCACACCUGGUACCACAGACCAGCUGGGUUAACACCUCGUCUCAUUGGCCAAUGGGAGGACGGGGACACUGAAAGGUCCAUUCGUGCCUAAUAUGGUGUUUUUCGUCAGUCAAAAAGUUCUCAGACGGAUGUCAAGUUUUCUGAUGUUUAUCACUGAAAGUGGUUUCGAUUUGCGACCAUGUGUCGAGAAUUCCAAAAAGUAGGAAUUGUCCGACGUAAGCACGGCUGGAGAAGGGUUUGGAUUUAAAUUGAGGAUAUGUUAAAAAAAAAAAAAAUUAUUUUCGUGACUAAAGAUUUGAACUUUUUCACUUUCCAUCGUAAUCGGUGCAUGUGCUGUGGUGCAGUGGAGGCCGACAGUGACGGACAGUGUCGGUGAACACAGUCGAAGGAUUCAGAGUGAUGUGAGACGACGUGCGUGAUGCAAAGUUGCAAAGAUUUUUUUCUUUUUUUGUCAUUCUGGUGAUGGGUGUUGGAUGAAUGUGUGUCAGCAGAGGGCAGCACAGGAAGUGAAACGGGAGAAGAAGAAGAAAGUUACUUCUGAACAUUGAAUACUGAAUACAAAAUAUAUAUCGAAGUAGCGACGCAGUUUUAAACACAUCGCGAUAAUGUUUAUAUCAAUCGUAACCAUCGUUAUGGUUCUUUCGUUAAGUCCGCGAAAAGCUAGUGGUCGGGUU